AUGAACGUGAGACUUAUCAUAGGGCUACAGCACAUCUACAUUGUUCCCAGCAUCCUACUGUAUUUGGCCGAGUUCUGCUACAUUAUCUGUUCUCGAGAUGAUGAAUUUUCUUCCGCUUUCUACUAUAUAUUCUUGAUACGAGCUCCAGCAGAUAUGAUCCAAGUUACUACCAGUCUGAUCACAUUCCGAUAUCCGGUAGCUGGAUGGACAGCCGUACUCGAUAAGCCGUACGUAGCUAAGAUUGGCUUCGCACUUACCAAUUUUGCUUGCAAUAUCGAGCUAUUCACUCAAUUGAUGCUAUCGAUCAAUCGAUUAACUGCUAUCUGUUAUCCAAUGAAACACAGUCGGUGGUGGACCCUCAAAAGAACAAUCCGUCUCUUUGCUUGUGGUGCCACGAUGUCGAUGAUCACACCGAUCAUUCGGAUAUUUCAAGAAGCUGGCUACGUUGCUGUUGACGGGAAAAUAGUCCCUUAUCUUAUCAACGAGAAUUAUCAGCAGCUCAACUCCUACAUCUCAAGUGCUAUCUACAGCUCGUUUUGUAUAUCCUGCUUCUCACUCAAUGCUGCUGCUCUCUUCAAACACUCGCAACAGCGAAAUGUGAAGAUUUUCGAUCAACAGUUUGCCAUGGCUCGUCGACUGCAGUUGAAUCUUCUGGUUUACUCGUCAGCGUUCACACUCGCCAUCAUUUCCAUGACGAUAUUUCAGUGCAUGUUAGCGUUGAACGUGUUCCCUCUACAAACGGACGCUCAUGCACUUGUAAUCAUCAUGCUUACGUUAUCAGCCGACAGUUUUGCCCUAGCGAAUCCAUGGCUUCUGUUGUCCUUGUCGUCGACAUUCCGGACGAAAUUCCUCAAAUUCAAGUCGUCUUCAAGUCUACCUCAUUCAAUGCAUAGCGUUUAUACUGUAUAA